CAUUGCUCAUUAACAAUGGCGGAAACCACCACCACCACCACCACCGCACGGCCGCUCAAAAUCAUCGCCGGCGCCGACCCCCUCGGCUGUUCACUCAAAGACUCCCUGGUCUCCCACCUCCGAUCCCUCAACAUCGACGUCGAGGACCUCGGCACCUCCUCCUACUACUCCAUCGCCGCCGACGUCGGCCGCCGCGUCUCCUCCUCGUCCUCGUCCUCGUCCUCACCCACCGAAAUCUGCGGCCUCGUCGCCUGCGGCACCGGCGUUGGCGUCGCCAUCUUCGCCAACAAGUUCCCCGGAGUCUUCGCCGCCACGUGUCUCUCCCCCGCCGACGCCCUCAACGCCCGCUCCAUCAGCAACUGCAACGUCCUCGCCGUCUCUGGCAUCUCCACCUCGCCGGAGUCCGCCGUCGAGAUCCUCAACACUUGGCUCAACACUCCCUUCAAGGCCCCCUGCCCGGCGUCGGAGUCCAAACCCUGGCCGGAGGAAAUCUCUUCAUUUCUGGACAACUCAUUGAACGAAAUGCCGAAAAUCGGAGUAACAGAGACCUCGACUCCCUGCUCUAUCUGCUGCCUGGCGAAAGAUCGGAACCUGAUAAAAAUUGACAUGAUUCCCGGCGGCUCAAUGAAGAUAGUAAGAGAGAGCCCCACGUCGGCUGUAGUUAGGUUCAAGGCCGGGAGCGUGGAGCCGGCGCACCACCACACAUUCGGGCACGAUUUAAUUGUGAUGGAGGGGAAGAAGAGCGUGUGGAAUGUGAGCAAGAAUGAGAGAUUUGAUUUGGGUGUUGGGGACUACUUGUUGACUCCAGCUGGCGAUGUGCAUAGAGUUAAGUAUCAUGAAGACACUGAGUUCUUUAUCAAGUGGGAUGGCAAGUGGGAUAUGUUUUUCCAUGAGGAUCUUGAGGCUGCGAACAAGGCUAUUGAUCGAGAAUGA